AUGCCCAAGAUCGUAACUGUCAUCGGCGCCACUGGCAUCCAAGGCGGCUCUGUCAUCAGAGCGCUUCUGGACAACCCCCAAUACUCCCUCCGGGCAGUUACACGCAACACCAAGAGCGAUGCCGCCAAGGCCCUGGCAGCCCGUGGGGUCGAAGUGGUUGAGGCCGACAUCAACAGCGUCGAAUCCCUCCGGGCAGCCUUCGCAGGUAGUUAUGCCAUCUUCGCCAUGACCAAUUUCUUCGAGGCGGCGCUGCCCACGCUGGGCAUCGACAAGGCGAUGGAACUCGAGACCCGGCAGGGCAGCAACCUCGCCGAUGCCGCGGCCGCGACUGACUCCCUGUCGCACUACGUGUGGUCGACGCUGCCCAACUCGCGCCGAAACACCAACGGCAAGCUUGUGGUCCCGUACUACGAGAGCAAGAACCAAGUGGAUGACCACAUCAAGACCAGCCAUCCGGAGCUGCUGCGCAAGACCACGUUCCUCUGGCUCGCGUGGUAUGCGAGCAACAUGCGCUAUCCGUGGUACCUGCCCAGCGAGGUGCGCACCGCAGACGGCAGCAAAAAGUAUAUCCAGCUCGUGGGCUUGCCGCCAUCGGUCAAGAUCCCGCUGCUGGGCGAUGAGAGGACCAACGCGGGGCUCUUUGUCCGAGCCAUCCUCAACCGCCCGGACCUCACCCUUCCGGCCAAAGCCGUGGCGGGCUUGGACGAGCUGCUGUCGCUUUCCGAGGUGGCACAGGCUUAUGGCGCGGCGCAGGGCAUCGAGGUUCGGUGCGUACAGAUCCCAAAGGAGGACUACAGGGAGCUCUGGCCGGCAUGGGGCGACUUGAUGGACGUGUCGCAUUCGUAUUACGAGGUCAUGGGCGACAUGGGUUUCAGCAGCGUCGACGAGCAUGUGCUGUCAAAGGUGGAUCUCGGAGUGGAAGGCUUGGUUGGGACGGCAGAGGCAUUCGCAGCGAUCAAGCUCUCUGAUUAG